GCGGGCCCGGUGUCAACCAAGAGCGGGGGGGUAGCCCCCAGAUGCCGAAAUGCAGGUACCUGCCUACUUAAUUAACAUGGCAUGACCCUCACAUUUGAAAUCUCGACCACUGUUUGACCAUUCUUAAAAAAAUCCACAACCUUGGAAGUUUCAGAUCAAUCAAGAUGGACCAAUUCGAGUAUAACGCAAACCCGGGCCGGGUGAUCUUUGGCCACGGCACGCUCCAGAAACUGCCCGCCGAGCUGGAACGCCUCAAUCUGUCGGCCCCACUCCUACUCUCGACACCGGAGCAGGUCGGCCAGGCAGAAGGGCUCAAGAAUGACGUGCUGCAGGGCAAGGUGGCGGGCCUCUUCUCUGAGGCGACGAUGCACACGCCAACCCACGUCACCGACCGGGCGGUUGAGUACGCCAAGUCUCGCUCGGCCGACUGCGUCGUCUCCAUCGGCGGCGGGAGCACCAUCGGCCUGGGCAAGGCCAUCAGCAUCCGCACGGGCAUGCCGCACAUCUGCAUCCCCACCACCUACGCCGGAAGCGAGAUGACCCCGAUCCUGGGCGAGACGGCCGACGGUGCAAAGACGACGAGGUCCGACCCCAAGAUCCUGCCCGGGACCGUCAUAUACGACGUCGACCUCACCAUGACCCUGCCCGUGGGAAUGAGCGCCGUUAGCGGCGUGAACGCCAUCGCGCAUGCCGUCGAGGCGCUCUACGCCCGCAACACCAACCCAAUCAUCAACCUCCUCGCCGAGGAGGGCACCCGCGCGCUCGCCACCUCCCUCCCGGAGCUAGUGCGCGACCCCUCGUCGCGGUCAGCGCGGUCGUCGGCUCUGUACGGGGCGUGGCUGUGCGGCACCUGUCUUGGCAGCGUGGGCAUGUCGCUGCACCACAAGCUGUGCCACGUUCUGGGCGGCAGCUUCGGGCUGCCGCACGCCGAGACGCACACGGCGGUGCUGCCGCACGCCGUCGCGUACAACGCACCGCGGAUCCCGGAGGCCAUGGCCAGGCUCGCGGGCGCGCUGCCGGGGAGCGAGGGCGAUGCUGUCAAGGGGCUGAAUGUACUGCUCGAGAGCCUCGGGGUCAAGAGGGCGCUGAAGGACUUUGGGAUGCGGGAGGAGGAUGUCGACAGGGCGGCGGAUAUUGCUGUUAGCAACCCGUACUGGAAUCCGAGGGAGGUUGAGAGGGAGCCUAUCCGUGAGCUGAUUCGGCGGGUGUGGGCUGGCGAGCCGGCGAGGGCGGAUCUGUGAGUGGGAAUUGGUUGUUAGCGAUGCGAGUGUGCAUCUUCUUCUACGAUAUACACUGAGCUGUCACUGGGCGGCAAUAAUACAGAGGAUGAUGCUCCAUUUUUCCUAUGUAGGUAUCAAACUUUGAGGGCGGAUUCUCCCACCGAAAGUGAGGCCCAGAUCGCACCUCUACCAACCAGCCUGAAGCAGUCCCACUUCAGGGUCAUUAUGGUUGCCAGUAUCGCCCCUUUCAAAAAGAUACCCCCGGUAUAUCAAGUUGCCCGGGUCCUCGUUGCCCACCUCACUCCGACUCGUCUCCAGAAUCCUCCCGCCAGCGCUGAAGGUCAUUCCGCAUGUCGUCGUCGGUCAACUCAACACCACGCCACAUUUCGU